ACGCGUCGAGUCCGCACAAAUAUUGUCUCGUAAGCGACACGAGAAGUGCAUGGUCUUAGUCUCAGUCUUAGUGUUCAAAGAGAUAUGUGAAAAGGAAUGACGUAUCACCAAAAUGGAUUCAGCAAAAUGGUUUUGGCACCUAUAUUGUUCUCCUGUUUUUUUGCCAAUAUAGUAAAUUGUCAAAUAUCCGACAGAUGUUUAUCAGGUUACAUGACGGACAUACAGUCGUGGGUCGACAGAUAUGGUUAUUUCACCGCAAAUGUGGAUUUUAAAAGUAAAUUGGACUUAUCUGGGAUACAAGGUCCUAUGCUUAAGAUCGAACGAUACCUAAAAGAAUUUGAACUCAAAGGUUAUGACAGAAUCAAAUAUUUCAGUAUGACCAAAUGUGGGCUGCGAAGUAUACCGGAUGUAUUUCACUUACAAGAUCAUCAUGGCAGAAGUCUCGCUGAAACUAUUGAGUAUGUAACUUUCUAUGGCAAUGAAUUUAGCAUGAAUUAUCUCACGAGGAAUGAUGACUAUGAUGUGUCACCCGAAGUAAAUUUAACUUCGUUCAAUGGAGAAGAAAUAAUCGAUAAGGAACGUUAUCGAUUCAGUUUUAUUUCAGAUCUAUCCUCUUGGGGCGCGGGUUUCAAAGACGUUAAUUUUGAAAACCUGUUACAGCUGGAUUUAAGAGCAUGUGGCAUUCGAUCCUUAGGUUCAUACGCCUUCAAGUCAAUGCCUAAGUUGUCAAUGUUGUAUUUAAGUGAGAACAAUAUUUAUCACAUAGAAGCAGACACAUUUUCCGGAUUACAAAAUUUAAUACAUUUAGAUUUAAGUAGAAACGAUGCUCUUGACGAUGUAUAUAAAACGAUAAGUUUUAAUUUUGAAAAUAGACACGAAUUUCGGGGCUUGAGAUUGGUAUCCUUGGACUUGUCGUACUCCCCGUUUGGAGACAACAACAUUCCAAUGCUUAAAGAUUUAAAACAGUUAAAAAGUUUAUCUUUAUGUUUUUCGGGUCUUCGCAGGUUAAGACCGAGAACCUUCGAUGGGACACAACUGAGAUUUCUUGAUGUAUCCGGCAAUAAGGACAUUUUUGAUACACGUUCAGUAUUAGGGGGCUUAGAGAAUUCGUUGCAAGUGCUUUAUGCACAGGAAGUAAACAUGAAAACCAUUGAUUGCUUGUACAAUUUAACGUAUUUGGAAAUAGCUCAAUUGAGGAAAAACGAAAUAGCUGUUGUGAGACAAAACGUAUCGAUUACAUUGAAAAAAUUACAGGUUCUCGAUUUGAGUCAUAACAGAAAGUUGGCCUGGUUCUCAAAAGUAUUUUCACUUAUGCCGAAACUUAAGCUGCUCUCGUUAAACUCAAACAACAUGAACGUUGUAACUCAAGAAAUGCUCGAUGAUUUUCAAGAUCUUUCAUAUGUUGAUUUAUCAUAUAACUUUUUGAUCUGCAGUUGUGCUCUUAGAGAUAUAUACGGUAUUAGCAUAAAUAACGAAUAUUCCGUGGAACACCCGCUCAUAGAAUUUGAACGAGAUAACGAGGGAGACACAUUGUUUCUUAAUAACGGCUUGACAUACUUUAACAAUAUCAUAACUAGAAGACAGAACACGAGCAUUCUCAAUGGAAACAGAACAUUGAGAAUGGAUAAUGUUUUUCAAUUAAGAGGAAAUUUCGUGUUGCUUGUCAAUAAAAAUGACCCUUAUAGGUUUCGUUGCCUGAUAGCAUCGGAAGGCAAACUCACGAACGUAAACAAAAUAAUGGAAUGCACUAACCUGAAUCGGAACUAUGAUAUUGAACAGGCAGAUGAGGCGAAAUGGAGAUUCUUUUUGCUAUUCCUCAUACCAGUUCUGUUGCUCCCGACAUUGAUUUUCAUGUACAUGUAUAGGAGAAAUUUUAAGUAUUUCUGGAUAAAUCUCAAGAAUACCACCACUUUGAGCUUGAUUAACAAGGACGUCAUAAUCAAUGAUACGACAAUUUUUAACUACGACGCCUUUAUAUCAUAUUGCAACGAGGACAGGGCGUGGGUUUUAGAUUAUUUCCUGCCUCACGUGGAACAGGACUGCAACAUAAGUGUUUGUCUACACGAAAGAGAUUUCCAGGUCGGUCUGUCGAUCCUGGAGAACAUAGUGUCCUGCAUGGACCGGUCACGCUCAAUAAUCCUCAUCAUAUCCAAGAGAUUUCUACUGAGUCAGUGGUGUCAGUUUGAAAUGCAUUUAGCACAGCACAGGCUGUUGGAGACCAGACGGGAAGACUUGAUCCUUGUCCUUCUGGAGGAAAUACCGAGACGUCUUCGUCCAAACACGUUACAUUAUUUAAUGGUUACCAAAACUUACAUCGUAUGGCCCAGCGAGGAACCACAGCGGAAUUUAUUUUGGAAGCAACUCAAGAAAAGUAUUGUCAAAUUAAAAUUAAUACAUUCAGAAAACGUGUCACUGGCAUAAACCGCUUGUUUAUCAUUUUAAUAAUAUUACAGUAAGUUUUGUUUUAUAUAAAAUUUAUCUAACCACGUCAAUUAUUUUUGAGCAAAGGAUUCCAGUUAUUGCUAGAAACUUAUAUAUUUUUUUACUA